AUGCAGUUGUCUUCGGCCGGGGCUACGGUGGUUCACCCGGUGUUGGCUGGAGCUAAUUCAGAUAGUUCUUUUAUUCAGUAUUUCGCCUGGUUUCAAGGUGUCCAAGGUUAUCUGCUGGAGCGGUCCAGCGACGGCCCAUUAUUUCCAUGCGCGUUGCCCUACCCGGAGGCUAUCCUGACUGAGGAGGUGCGGGGUGUGGCAGCUGAGGUGACGAUGUGGUGGUCAAAGGCCUUCCUUAACACAUUUGUGGGUUGGGGAAACUUCGUUACUCUCGGGUGCCCGGCACCCAAGGGCAGUGGGCGUGAGCCGCGGGUGAGCUAUCGUGCCUGUAGGGACAUUAGGGCCUUCUGCGAUAAGCUCCUCGGCGAGAUGGGCGAAUUCGUUUCUCUUGAACUUGUGGCUGGCCGUUUGGCGUGUGAUGGCAAGCGGUCCGUUGUAGAGUCCUUGUUGGCCCAGGUUCAAUGUACAGUCGGUGCAAGUUAUUUUCAUGAUGGAGCAGCCGCCGGGGAGGCCAGUACGGUCGCCUUGCCGGUGGAGGCGAGCCGGGUUGCCAUUCCCAGCCAGGCUGGACUGGUGGAUCCGUGCCGGUGGCUCGAGGGCGAGAGGAGGGAGACGGUCCAGAACUUGGCUUCCCUUCGCAAGCCGGAGUACCUUUGGGAUGAGAUUCCGGUUGCAUGUCAUAGAGUUCCUGUUGAGGAGGAGCCGGCGUUGGCCGACAAACUGUUGGCUACAAGGAUGGCCGUGCUAGUGCCUGAGAGCGACUUGCCUCGAGAUAGUCGGGGCGAACUGCUCCUGGGAGGCCUCUUCUGUGUGGCCAAAAACUCGACCGAGGACCGGCUGAUCUUUGAUCGGCGUCCGGAGAACGCCACCAUGCAUAGAUUGUCCUGGGCACGUUUGCCGGCAGGCGCAUGCUUCGCGCGGCUACUUCUCGGCCCUCGUGAAUACCUGCGAGGUUCAGGUCAUGAUCUCAGGAACUACUAUUACACGCUUAGGCUACCUGAAGGUUGGGUUCGUUACAAUGGUUUUGGUCGGCGGGUUUGUCCACAGGUGGUGGCCAAGCACAACGGCGACCCGAAGAUCGCGUACAGGCUUGCCUUUCGGGUUUUGGGGAUGGGGGACAAGAACGGGUGUGAUAUCGCUCAGGCUGUUCACGAGAGUCUUCUACGCAGGCACGGAGUCCUAGAUCCGCGCUACACCUUAGUGUACGGGGACCACAUCCCGCAGGAGAGCCUCCUGGAGGGAGUCUACUUGGACGACUUGCUGAUAGCUAAGAAGUGCGAACUUCCUGAUGUGAUCCCCCUUGACGGCUCCUUCGUUCCUCCGCCCGCCCAGGUCAACGAUUCUGACGUGCUCGAGCUGAAGGCUGCAGAGAAUGCCUACGAAGAGGCUGGUCUCGAACGGGCUGAACAUAAGGCUUUUCGGCAACUUGUGCAUUUCAAGGCCUGGGGUGCAGAAGUGGACGGUGUACAAGGGAGAGCCGGGGCCCCGCUGGAUGCUAGACGGCAAGUUUGGGGUCUCAUCGCAAAGUUGGUCACAGGUGGCUUUGCAAGCCGUGUGGUGUUGCAACGGGUCGUCGGGUACUUAGCCUUCAUCUUCCAGUUUCGGCGAGAGCUCUAUGGCUUGUUGCAUCACAUGUACAAGUACCUGGCGAAGAUGCCUGAGGGUCGCUGGGUCCCGCUCCCGGGGCACAUCUUGGACGAGCUCCGGAGCUGUGCGCUGCAUUUGCCGUUCGCGACUUGGAACAUGCGCAAACACCUCAGCUCAACGGUCAUUGCCACGGACGCCACGCCCACGGCAGGUGGGGCGGUGACCGCUCGCGUGCCGAAGGCCGUGGCCCAAGCCCUUUGGCGCCACACUGAAGUGAAGGGGGAGGCGGUGCGGCUUGAUAGGGAUCUCGACUUUGAGGCCGAUGCCGAUCGGCCUCGAGAGGCCUCUCGCUUCGCCAGCAUGGUGUCAGAGUGCCUGUGUUGGAAGGUCGAGAGCGGGUACACUUUCAGACAGACUUCGCAUAUAAAUUUGCAGGAGAUGCGUGCUCUGAAGAAGGAGUUGGUGAAGCUUGCCGGGGACUCAACGAAUGCGCAGUGCAUCUUUCUCUUCUUCAAUGACUCGCGGGUCGUGUGUGGUGCUCUCGGGAAAGGGAGGUCAUCAAGCUUUAAGUUGAACGGGAUCAUCCGAACGAUCAUUCCCCACCUCAUGCUCUCGGGGAUCACUUUGGGGCUUCUUUGGGUGGAGACCGCUUCGAACUUAGCCGAUCACCCGUCUCGCUUCCGUUCCCUUCCUCCUCCUUGCUCAGCUCCUCUUUGGCUUCGGCAACUGGGGGUGCAGAACAUCAUGGACUGGGUUGGCAUUGAGGUUUUCUCUGAGAAGGCGGUGAUUACGGAGGUGCACCGGAAGGCUGGAGUGACCAUGCUUGAGCCGUGGUUCGCCGAUGACGUGUCGGCUGACUGCGAGGGCUACUUGGAGGAUCUUCUGCGUGGUGGGCAGGUCCGAUGGGCCUGGUUCGCCCCGCCCUGUGAAAGCUUCAGCCCUCUCCGCAACCUUGAUCCGGGAGGUCCGCUUCGCCGCCGAGGGGAACCGGAGGGUGACUCGUGGAACAUCGAGGUCAGGCAGGGGAACAUGCAGUGGAGGCGGAGUUUGUGGUUGAUGAGGGCUCUUCUUGAGGCCGGGGGUGUUGUCUUUUUGGUGCACCCGAAGAACAGUGCGGCCUGGCGCUUAGAAGAGACGAAUCGCUUCAUUCAGCAGCAUUCGCUACGUCGGGUGCAUGUCGACUCUUGUGCAUAUGUGGCCCGGGGUACUUCUCCACAAAUUCACCCAAACCGGAAGUCGCUGACCAUUGUAACCAACUCCCCCUGGAUUGACGAAGCGGUGCUCACGCCGGGGUUUGUCCGCGCGGGUUUGGUGAAAAGCUCGCUGAUGCCCUCUUACAGUGGACGAAAGCCAGUGCCCCUUUACCGGGCGGCACUGAGUGCUGAAUAUCGGCGUGGCCUGCGGGCUGCGGCGGUCUGGCUUUUGAGCUUGGCCAGCGCCCUAGGCGCAAAAUUGUCAGUCAGAACCUCAUCUCGGGUGGUGGAUGCCUGGUUGGAGAAGGUGGUGAAUGUGUGCUAUGAGCGUGGAGAGCGAUUCUAUCGAGUACGAUUGGGUGUGCUGGGUGUUCAACGGGCUUUGCGUCUUUCGGGGCCGCUGCUGCGGGGUACCUGGGCUGCGCUGCGCGGAUGGCGCACCCUUCUGCCGGUGAACCCGCGCAUCCCGAUGUCGAAGUACAUUAUGCAAGCCGUGUUGGUGACUUUUUUAGCGACAGGGUUUCGGGAGGAGGGUCGGGCUCGAGAACAGUGGUGGAGUGCCUUCAUCGGCACGUGGCUCUCUUUUGAAGGGUUGCUCAGGCCUGGCGAGAUGGACAAACUUUUCGUUGGUGAUAUUACUUUUCCCGAAGGUGACUGGCCUGCUUCCGAGCAAGUAGGGAUGGUGCUGUGCCUACGGACCCCCAAGACCAAACGAGUUUGGCGUACACAAUUCGUGCUGCUGAAGGAUGAGCAGCUGAUCGCCUGGAUGCGUUGGUGGUGCUCAGGUCGGCCAGCGCAUCGCCGCGUGCUCCGUACAGGGCGUCGCGACUGGGCCAAACGGCUGAGUUUGGCGCUCAGCCGGCUUGACCUCGCCGACCGAGGCUUUACGCUGGGGUCACUGCGAGGUGGAGGUGCGACACACCUGUUUCGUGUAACGGAGAACAUAGCUCGGGUCCAGUACCAUGGGCGGUGGAGCCGGCAAGAGACGGUCAAGGCCUACUUGCAGGAGGGACUCUCUACUCAAACUUUGACUACGGCCUCAGCCUUAGCUCGGCAGCGUCUCCAGCUCGCUCAUCAGUCUUGGGAGCUUCUUCGUGCGCCGCCGCCUCGGGAGCUUGCCGCGGCUUUGGAAGAAGAGGACUGGGAACUCGUGGACUCUUCCCCCGGAGGUGCUACCGUCGCCCCGGCGGCCAAGACCGGGCCAAAGGCACGUGCCGCUGCCACGCGGCGCGUCUCGGAAACUUUGCCGUCUACCUCGUUGGCCAGCUCUUCUACUUCUGCGGUGCCUUCAAAGGGAACAGGAAAAGGGGUCGGCGAACCGGUGGACACUACGGCCUCUUCCAACGUGUACCAUCGGGACGUUCGCACCUAUCUGAUCUUAUCGAAUCCGCGUGAGCCUUCUUUCGUGGGGGUGAUCCAAGGUCGUGCUUCUGAAGUAUGGCCGAAGCUAGAGGCCCGUCUUCCGGGCGGGCAACUUUUCGGCUCAGCCGUUCGCCUACGGAAGGUCGCGGACGAGGUCGAGGCUCAGACCCUUUGGAACCAGCACCGCCCCGGAGUGCCGCUACCAAAGUUGCAGCUGUGA